AUGGGGGAACCCCGUUACCGCCACGUAGGAUUUUCAUCUUUAUCUCUUAGGAGCUGCUCUCUUCGUGUUCGGGGGGUCCCACUCAUAUUCUGGGCGCCCAGCACACCUACUUUGCUAGCCUUUGCGAUGCUCAAAAGCCGACGUGGAGAAAAACCCUCGAUAGAGAGAAUCCACCUUGCCCCCAACCUCGCAGGAACUGCCAUUGGCGGGCGAAUUCCGGAAGAUUUGGGCCAAAUGGCGCAAAUCACUCUUCACGUACUGUUUAAUGUUGGUUGGGCGGUAACAAAUCCGCCCUUUGGAGACAAAGCCGGUGUGCAAGUAGCAGUUUUGAGCAUCUUUUGUCCAGCACGUUCCUUAGAGAUGGGCUUGGUAGGUGGGCCGAGUUACAUUGGCAACGCUCACAACCGCCUUGGCAAGGCUAAGUACCGCGCACAAUCCAAGCGCUGUGGUUACCGCUACUUUUUAAUCUGUGCGGCCGAACAAAUUCCGCGAGUCGAUCUAGAAGCUCACCCUCCUCCCACGUGUUUCCUGACCAUUGAAAGUGAGAGUUGUUUAGUGGAGUAG